AUGGCAUUAAUGUCCAAAAACAAGAUGAGUUUUGUGAGAGGGCUUGUAGCUGUUCCGAGAAAGCUCGAUCCGAGAUAUUAUUACUGGGAGCGCUGCAACACAAUGGUCCUUUCGUGGAUACUUAGGGCUGUCUCAUCUACUAUAGCUUGGAGUGUCCUUUGGAUCAAUACUGCUGAAGGUGUAUGGAAGGAUCUGAAAAAGCGCUUCAGUCAACAUGAUGUGUUCAGAGUUGUUGAAAUUCGUCACAAAUCUACCAUACAAAGCAAGGCACAUCUUGAGAAUGAUAUGUUAUCUGCUUUCCUAACUGGCUUGAAUGAUAGCUACAUUAACACCAAGCAUCAGAUCAUGCUGAGGAAACCCCUCCCAGAUGUUAGUGAAGCCUUCUCCAUGAUUUCACAACAAGAGAGGCAAGUGUGUAUUGAAUCUAGUACUCUUGAAGAUAGUAUGACAGGGGCAAACAUCUUUUUUACAAUAGCAGAUAAUAACAAUAGAAGAACCUUCUCUAAUCAGAAGCAGAAACUUGUAUGUAGUUAUUGUGGUUAUACAGGACAUACUAUUGACAAGUGCUACAAGAAGAAUGGCUAUCCUCCAGGUUGGAAGCCAAGAAACAAAGGGUUUGGAUAA